UAAAGCCCAAUUAAACUAAAAAUGUGUUUCCUAAAGCGCUAUUACGAUAUAUCGAACAACAGAACUAUACUGUUCAUGAUAGUGUUAUUGUCAUUGAAACUGUGUACUCCUCAAGACUUAAUUGAAGAGUUCAAUGAGGACAAUUUAGACUCCGAUAUAACUGUAGUGACGCCAGUAAAGAAAGUGAAAAUGCCGCGUAAUCUAGACAGUCCAUGUAGAUUGAGUGAACUCCUUUGUGAUACGGGACAGUGUAUAUCGUUGGAUAAGUACUGUAAUGGUGAAGAUGAUUGUGGUGAUAAAAGUGACGAGCCUAAAUCCUGUACACCUUGCAACAGAACGUAUAUGGGUGAUGUUGGUCGUACCUACGAACUGGAGGUUCGAAGGCCGAGAGAAGACCAUCUGCCUUUUGUAUGUCAUCUUAACUUCACCGCUAAUGGAGGAAGCUACGGUGAUAUUAUACAGUUAACAUUCGACACGUUCACAGUGGGGAAAUUCGUGUCCUUCACCUCGGAUGGCUGCCCCGACGGGCAUAUGACGAUAGUAGAAAACAGCCCAUCUCCCCCCACGGGGCAGUGGUGUGGCUCAGCGUGGGGCUAUACGGUGUACUUCAGUGAAACCGACUCUAUUAAUAUGACGCUUAGGUUGGAUAGACUAAGUCAACAGGGAGUCGGAUACAAUUUCGACUUCAAGUUGGCAUACAAGUUCCUAAGACGGAGCGAGGCACGAUUGCGGUACGGGAAUGCGACGCUCGGGGCGUGGAGAGGGGAACGUGUUACCGGCACAUAUUGUGACCGCAUACUGAGCGACUGUGAUCUACGUGCAUGUCGAAUACAGUCCCCUAACUUCCCCGGUGUAUAUCCUCGUAAUGCGUCGUGUACGUACCGCAUCGAACACACAAAGAUUCCGGCGGAUAAACACGUAUUGUUAGCGGUUAGACAAACGAACAGCCAUAAAAUACAUAUCAAGGAUCAGAUAGUGAAAUAUGAUCGAAGUCAAAGGGUUCUCAAGAUAUGGGAUCAAUGCAAUGUUGUUCAAGACUACCUAACAGUAUGGGACGGGCUAACGCGAGAUUCUCCAGUACUUGUAAGAUUGUGUGGAGGAGAUGCUGUACCGGAUAUAGUUAGCAGAGGACCCAAUAUGCUUCUAGAAUUUCAUACUUCGCCAUAUGACAAUCCUUUUCAUCCAGUUCCUUUGAGCUACUUGCCUGGAUUUGAACUUGAAGUUCAGGUGCUGUACGUGGACAAAGAUUCCCAUUCGUACGUGAGCUCAGAUGGGCGUUGCCGGUUUGUCUUACGCUCCUCAGACAAGACAAGUGGCGUGCUCAGAAAUCCGCGCCAUUCCUUGCCACCGAACACCUCUUGUGUUUAUUACUUUCAAGGACGUCCAAACGAAAUAGUAUGGGUGUCAUUUGUUAAAUAUCACGCCGCAGGAACUGAGCCAGCGGGAUUCGAUCAGCAAAAGGAUUGCUCUUCACAGCUUACUAUAUGGGAUGGUGCUGCACCAGAUGCUGAUCUUGAUAGAAAGUUGGAGAUGAGUGACAAAAAGUCUCUUCUUGGCUCCUUUUGUCGAGAAGAGUCACCACGGCUAUGUGACCAUGCACUUCUUUCAAACGCCACGCGCGCAACUCGGCCUUGUGCACCGAGUGAGAGUUACAUAACUACAGGAUCCGCACUCACUAUAUUACAGGAAUUGCGUCAAGGUUCAGCAUUGUAUCCUGUCUCUUUCCUACUUCGAUACGAAUUCGUGGAUGUGAGUGAGCAAGGGCAACCAUUAGUAGAUUCUCAAUCGGCCUGCGACAGGGUUUUCAAGUCAGCACUGACAUAUUCCGGAAGAUUUCAAGCCCCACGAGCCAUAUUUUACUACGGAAGGGGAGGAGCUCAAAACCUUACUUGUAUACUGAGAUUUGAAGCAAAACAUGGCGAGAGAAUACAACUAACAUUUACCAACACGUAUUUUGGAAAUAAAGUUUGUAGUACCCAUAAAGAUUCCCGCACUAGCCGUUGGAAAUGUGACAGGCCGGCUAAAAGGAUUAUAGGGGGCGAAGGAUUGUCACAAAUUAUUAUCACGGAGUAUCCUUGGGAUGGAAUCCCGAUUCAAAGAGAUUGCUUAUGCACAAAUCGUUCUGAACCUCUGAAUAUCCAUACAUUAACAGCGCCUGUGGUAGAAGUAAAUUUUACUGUGACAAUGAUGAAUAUAACGGAAGAUUAUGACGAUUUUGCAUUUGAAGGCGAAUAUAAAUUUAUACCUACUGGCCCAGGUGAUGAAAACGUUUGCUCUACGGGUUGGGGCGAUCGAAGACUUAGAGGUAGUAGUGGUGAAAUAAGAUUAUACGACAAGAGAGAAGCCUCUGUUGCACCUGAUAUUGUCGGUGAUAGACAUGUUAUAUCAGAAAGUGUAAGAGCCGAAGUUGCUUGUGUUCAUAGGCCAUGGCUCAUAGAGCCUGGAGGCGAUGAAGUUACACCUUUGCAAGGAAGAUAUUUAUAUGUAAAGAUCCCAGGUUACGAAAUAACUUCUAACUCUCCAUACUGUAAAACUCCAAAUCGACUAUUUAUAUAUGAAGCACGAGAUACUUCGUUCUAUCGGGAAAUUUGUCCAGAUAUCACUAGUACUGUAGAACUGUACUCUCCGGGCUGGAAAUCAGCUCAAACAACAAUAGAAUCGUCACUCAAGCCACACGCACGAAGUUAUGCCAUAGAUUUCUUACAACAUGAACAGGCAGAUUACUCAAUCAAAUGGAUAGAAAUAAUGAAGAAACCUAGUAUAGAACACGAUCCAGACACAAAUAUUUUACCUUCAUCAAUUACGCUUGAUUGCCAUUUUAAUUGUCCGGAGCUAAACGCCUGUAUUCCUAUUACGUUAUGGUGUGAUGGCAGCGCUCAUUGUCCUUCAGGUUACGAUGAAGAUGAUUCAAAUUGUUCAUUUAAACUCUCUUUACCACCGCCCUAUGUUGCAGCGCUUGCUGGCAUCGCUCUUCUUAUAUGUGCAAUAGCAAUUGCAAUUUGUGCUUGUAAAAGACGUAGAAGAAAAGAUAAAGAAUUCAAGGCAAGGCUUGAUGGAGCAUUACCACCCGAAGAAAGACCUUAUGAUCAUGCUAAAGUCAACGGCGUUCCUGAAGUUGCACAGCAAUACGCUACAGUACAAAAAUAUGCAACAAUCGAUAAAUAUAGUUUAAGCCAAAAAUAUAGUGCCGGAUUAAACGAUGCCAGAUAUUAUGAUGAAAUAGCACAAAGAGAUAAGCUUGCUGAUACAAGAUAUGCCAGUUUAGGCCGUGGAGGUAGAGGACUUCGAGAAAAUAACAGAGGUAACGGUUCUAGAAGAGCAAUGCCUGAUCUAGGUUAUCCAGAUUUAAAAGAUGGCUUCUGUUGACAGUCUCCAGAUCUUUUAGAAACGACGGUAUAGUGUCUAUAACAUGUUUACUAAAAUAUGUAAUACUGACAUACAAUAAACUCAUGUGUUCACCUACAAUUUAAUGUGAAACCUUCUGCCGCCAAAUUUGUUUUCAUAAAGAUCUAAACGUUGGAUGGUCAAAAUAUGAAUGAAAAUAUAUUGAUGACAAUGUAUGAAGUAGUUUUAAAACGGUUUGCCCGUUUUGGAAAAAUUCGCAAUAGUGUCCAACUCAAAAAAAAAAUUAGUAUUGAAACUGCAAAUAACAUGAUCAGCACGAGUAACUAGAGACGCGAUAUUUAAGAGCGUUAACAGCGGCUGUUGAGCUCAUCCGUAUUAUUUUAGAACUUGGUUACGGUU